AUAUAAAAUAAGUCUAUAUACCGUAUCUAGUACGUACUGGAAUCUUUAAAAAAAUAUUUAGAAACGGAGGGAGUAUACAAUGUAGUCAUGGAUUUAUUUUCGUCUGGUAAACUAAAGCCAAGGUGUAUGCGCCCAACAAACGUUUGCUUCCACCUCAACUCAUUCCGUCGAACACCUUGUGCGCACGCCUCCCCGAUGCGGCGGUUCUGCAGCAUCCCGCGCGGGCGCCUGCCGUCGACCCCCCACGGCGCGGGCCACCCGCCGCCGGAGUGGAUCGAGCCGUACACCGACCUCGCCGAUCCGAGCCCGUACACGGCCGCCGCGGCGGCCCCGCCCACCCCGUCGCCAUGGCUGCCGCGGGUCGUCUCCCUCGUCCUCCGCGCGCCCCCGGCCACGCUCGCUGCCGACCUCCGCGCCUUCUGCCGCACCUUCCUACUCCGCCUCUCCCCGGCCUUCGUCGCCGCCGCUCUCCGCUCCCCGCAGCUGCUCUCCCACCCGCUCCCGUCGCUCCACUUCUUCCGCGCCCUGCCCAACGGCACCGACGACCUCGCCGCCCACCCGCAGCACCUCCUCGGCUGUUACGUCUCGCUGCUGCACUCCUUCGCGCACGCCAGGGAGGCCACCCCCGACGCCGCCGGCCAUGCGCGGAAGCUCGUCGCCGAGCUGCGCGCCCGCGGGGACGGCCUGCUGGGGCACCUCACGCCGCCGUCGUCCGCGUCGCUCGUCCGCAGCCUGGCGGCCCUCGGCCUCGCCGACGAGCUGCUGUGGGCGUGGAACGGCAUGCGCCUCGCCGGUGUGGACCCGUCCAGGGUCACCUACAACUGCCUCCUCGACGGCCUCGUCAACGCGGGCCUCCUCGACACCGCCAUCAACGUGUUCGACGCAAUGUCCACGGAAGACCCAGUUCGCCCUGACGUGGUCUCCUACAACAUUCUCAUCAAGGGGUACUGCCGUGCCGGGAGGGUGCAGGAUGCGAUGGCAAGACUCGAUCACAUGAGGGAACAGGCGGAGCUCUCGCCCGACAAGAUAACAUACCUUACACUGAUGCAGUGCCAUUACAGCGAGGGCACGUUUUCACAGUGUGUGGCAUUGUUCCAAGAGAUGGAAGAGAGAGGAAUGGGGAAGGAGAUUCCGCAGCAUGCAUAUGUGCUGGUGAUUGGCGCGCUCUGCAAGGAUGGGAAGCCAUUUGAGGGAAUGGCCGUGUUCGAGAGAAUGCUCAAGCGUGGUUGCCCAGCCAAAGCAGCCAUGUACACUGCGCUCAUCGAUUCGAUGGGCAAAUUUGGUAGGGAGACCGAGGCAAUGUCACUCUUUGAGAGGAUGAAGAGUAGUGGGCUUGAGCUCGAUACCGUCACAUAUGGAGUGGUUGUUAACUGCUUGUGCCGGUUUGGGAAGCUGGAUGAGGCCAUUUCAUGUUUCAGGAGUUGUGUGGCGAAAGGUAUUGCAGUGAACCCUAUCUUCUAUACAAGCCUGAUUGAUGGCUUUGGGAAAGCUGGAAUGGUCGACCAAGCACAGGAGCUCUUCGAGGAGAUGAAAGUUAAAGGUUUUGUGCCUGACUCAUACUGCUACAACGUGCUGAUAGAUGGGUUGGCUAAAGCUGGAAGGACGGAUGAUGCCUGCGCCUUGUACAAGAGAAUGGAAGCUGAUGGCUGCGAUCAGACUGUUUACACGUAUACCAUACUAAUUGAUGGGUUGUUCAAGGAGCACAAGAAUGAGGAGGCAUUGAAGCUUUGGGAUGCGAUGAUCGAUAAGGGAAUCACCCCCACAGCUGCAGCCUUCAGAGCCCUUGCCAACGGCCUAUGUCUUUCUGGCAAAUUCAGCCGGGCAUGCAGGAUAUUGGAUGAACUGGCUCCAAUGGGUGUGAUUCCUGAGACGGCACACGAGGACAUGAUCAAUGCUCUGUGCAGGGCCGGCAGAUUCAAGCAGGCCUGCAAAUUGGCAGAUGGCAUCGUACAGAAGGGCCGUGAGAUACCUGGCAGGGUUCGAACGAUGAUGAUCAACGCACUCAGGAAAGCUGGGAAUACUGAUCUAGCUGUCAAGCUGGUGCAUAGUAAGAUAGGCAUUGGGUAUGAAAGAUCUGGCAGCAUCAAGAGAAGAGUGAAGUUUCAGACACUAUUUGCCUGAGCAACCGAUGUUUGUUCUCAGUGGUGUGAAGACAUGAAGAGGUGCCAAAGAUUUACUGGAAGUGAGAAGACAUGCCAUUGGCGAGCAUGUUCUGAAAAUGCUCCACACCAACAGGAGGAAUUUUGACAGUGUUCUGGAGCCAAAAAGCUUAAAACUCUUCCAGUUUUGAGCAAUCAAAGGGAAACAAAAUUGCUUGGCACAUGAGUCUCACAGACGAGAGAUCUUGUGUGCUACUAGAUUCCAGGAAAAUGUGGGCCGUCCGUUGUUGCUCAAGAGACAGGAUCAAAACACAAGUCCCAGACUACUAAAUCAAGCAGUCAGGGUGUUGCUGGAAAAAGGGAAAGGGAAAUUAAGAGAGCACAUACAAUUGCUUCCGGUAAAGUACCAGCCUUCUGAGAAUUUCAGCUGACAAUUGAUACGGUACACUUGAAACUUCGUACUGAAAAGCAAGGUGGUAUUCACUUAUAUCUGUCACAAUGAUAUUGCCCCUACCUGCUAUUACUGAAAAUGCGGAUAAUUCAUCCCUUCUGUAGUUCUGUUGUUUGAUGAUGCCAUGUUCAAAAUUAAAAUAACAAGCCUGAGGCCUGAAGGUCAUAAAAGUUUUCCCCUUUCUUGUGAUGAAAAAGGCGGUAACUCUGAUCUGGAGUUUGGAUAUGUGUUACACAUCACAUAUUCAGGCCUAUUCAGAGUAUCCAAGUUUGUCGCAAAGUCCUGAAUAUGUGAUUGAGACAAUGUCGCAUGCUUUUAGUCAGAAAGGGUUCAUCUUAUCUUUUGUUCAGUUAGAAUUUUUAGAGAUGUUCAGUUGGAGUAUAUUUGUAUAUUAUUGAGACAAAUUUUGAUUUUACUUAAAUAAUUCUUUUCAAACUA